UGUGGUACUGCGCUCUCAGCUGUGUGCACAUUGACCCCAGAGAGUCAGAUGCGGAGGAUUGGACAAAUCAUUCAUAAAUGGAGGCUUUGCUCAAGAUCGAAAGGUAGACAUCAGGCUUUGCUUUACCUCUACUUCUGUCAGUGUGAGGGAUUUUCCAUUUUCAGCGACACUGACAGCGAGGUCACUACAGCUGUCCACCCCAGCCACUCUCCCUCCAAACCUGCUCUCCUGCACACUUCACUGUUAUAAAUCUUCAGUAUGUACCAUAUUGUGCCUGUGGCUCCUGGGGAGCAACAGACAGUCGGUGGUUCUCCCAUGAAGAAAAAACUGGCUCAUGAAGGUCGGCCCCUGGUGUUAGCAGGCAUGUUGGGCUGUGUCUUGGUGCUGGCUGCUGUGGUGGCCUGGUGCUACUACUCUGCAUCCCUCCGUAAAGCCCAGCUGCUGAAGGCCGAACUGCUGGACCUCAACAAGGAUGGUUUUAUAAUUCAUAACAUGACGGGGGCUGUGGUCUUCAGUAUGACCUUUAGGUCUGGCACUCUGGAUCUGGACUCCUGCUCCAAAGAGGGGAAUAUCCUGAGCUGCACUCAGUCAGAUUCUGGCAAGCUCAACUUCUUUAUUCAGACUGUUAGACCAAAGGACACUGUGAUGUGUUACCGCGUUCGCUGGGAGGAGCUGCAAAGUAAGCGCUCAGUGGAGCACGCCAUGGCCUAUAAUGACUCUCAUUGGUACGGAGGGGCGGAGACAGCAACACAGUACUGGCCUAUCAGGAUACAGGGAGAAAAGGAACCUGAGCCUUUCAUCACCAGUGAUGUCUACUCCAAUCGAAAUGCUUUUGGGGGUAUCCUGGAACGCUAUUGGCUUUCUUCAAAUGCGACCGCCAUCAAGAUUAAUGAUUCUGUGCCUUUUCAUUUGGGCUGGUCAGAGAAGGACAGGACUCUCAGGUUCCAGGCCCGGUACCAGGACUCUCCUUUCAAACCAGCAGAGGGACAGCAGGCCUUACCCGAACUCAGCUACAGAGUGUGUGUGGGUUUGGAUGUGACCUCUAUUCACAAAUACAUGGUACGUCGAUAUUUCCCAAAGCCUAUCAAGGUCCCGUCCCCUGAAGUGUUUAAACAGCCAUUAUGGUCCACAUGGGCUCUCCACAAGACUGCUGUGACUCAGGAGAAACUGCUGCGUUACGCCUCCGACAUCACCGAGCAUGACUUCAAAUGCUCCCACCUAGAGCUAGACGAUCGUUACACUUCAGAUUAUGGAGAGUUUGAUUUUGACCCGCAGAAGUUCCCCAACGCUAGCGGUAUGUUUGACAAACUCAGAGAGGAUGGGUUUCGAGUGUCACUCUGGACUCAUCCUUUUAUCAACUAUGACUCCAUCAACUUUGGUGUUGCUGUGGAGAAAGGAUUGUUUGUGCGGGAGCCCAGCGGAGAGCUGCCUGCUCUGGUUCGCUGGUGGAAUGGCAUCGGAGGUAUCUUGGACUUUACAAACCCAGAGGCAAGAGAGUGGUAUUCGUCACAUCUGCAUAUGAUCAAAACUCGCUAUGGAGUCACUUCUUUCAAGUUUGAUGCAGGAGAGUCAAGCUACCUCCCACGUCAGUUUAGCACCAUGGUCCCACUGUCUGAUCCCUCCACCUUCACCCGCCGCUACACAGAGAUGGUCAUCCCAUUCAGUGAGCGUGCAGAGCUGAGGGUCGGCUACCAGAGUCAGGACAUCUCCUGCUUCUUCAGGAUCAUUGACAGAGACUCUGUGUGGGGUUACGAGCUCGGCCUCAAGUCCAUCAUCCCGACUGUUCUGACUAUUAGCAUUCUGGGCUACCAGUUUGUCUUACCUGAUAUGAUAGGAGGGAACGCAUACCCAAACCGCACCACAGGUAGUUCAGAUGGCAAAAACGUUCUUCCAGACAGAGAGCUGUACAUCCGUUGGUUGGAGCUGUCUGCUUUCAUGCCUGCCAUGCAGUUCUCUAUACCACCGUGGGCCUAUGACAAUAAGGUUGUAGAGAUAGCGCAGAAGUUCACAGCGCUUCACGAGACUCUGGUGGCCCCAAGGGUCCUCGAGCUGGCAGGCGAGGUUCUUGAUACAGGAGACCCAAUCAUAAGGCCCCUCUGGUGGAUCGCCAUCAACGACGAGGCAGCCUACAAGAUUGACUCCCAGUUCUUGAUCGGGGAUGACCUGAUGGUGGCUCCGGUGUUGGAGCCAGGAAAGCAGGAGAGGGACAUCUACCUGCCUGCAGGACGAUGGAGAAGCUACAAGGGAGAACAUUUUGAUAAGUGCCCCAUGUACCUCACUGACUACCCCGUGGACCUGGACGAUAUAGCGUUCUUUACAUGGGUUCACUGAAGACAUUAAAGACGCAUACACUUGCACACACAUACUGUAUGCACAUGUACAUUCUUUUAAGCACACAUGCCAAGACGUAGCAGCAGAUGUUUGUUGUUCAAAGGGAAAUGACCACUAGGGGUUCCGCUGCAUUUUUUGGUAAAGAUGAACUAGAUGUCUACCCUGCGGUACUUUUGCGUGUCCAUAUUAACCGCCCACUGAAAGAAUAACAAUGAAAUUUGUGUUCAUUCCUAAUUAUCUUGCUCCGUCAUUAAGCUGAUCCUCAUGUGCCUUCCACAGCCAAUAGUAAAACCGAUUUCAGAUUGUAUCGUCACCUUGUCUUCCACCGCAGCUAGUAUGGUUUAAUAACAACUGUGCCAGAAGUAAUCUCACUUGUGUUUAUAUUAUGGCCUGAUUGGGGUUGGUUCACUGAACCGGCAAUAAAUAUGCAGUCAGAGGGCAUACCUAGCCGUGUCACUAUUGCAACGGCUCUCGUGAGAAACACACACCUAUGUUUAAGCUAACCUGCAUUAAUUUGCAUUGAAUUGAAACUAACAUGUGACUCAGAGUCAUUUGUUAAUUACAUUCUAUUUAUAUUUAUUAACUUCUUUCUUUCUGUUUGUAGGAUAGUAUUUGAGUGUAUUUACAGGAAAGUCACAUGUUUGAUGGUACUUUGAUGGUCACGAUCAACACACUGCAAAUAUUUUUAUGUCAAAACUUCUGUGACCUGUUGUGCCAUUAUGUCAUUCCAGUGCCAACAUAUCUGCUCUUUUCAUCUUGACAAGUUAAAUGUACAGCUCAGGGUAGGUUUUAAAGAAAUACAUGUAUAAUGUUUGAAUUAAUUUAGUUAAUCCGCAGCAAGAAAUACAUUAGGAAACUGAUGCUACUAGUUUGCCUUCGAACAACAUGUAUUGUUCUCAAAGAUGCCAUAUUGCUACGUGCCGUCCAUGUCUGCCUCGUGACAUUAUUUGCCUUAUCAGCUAAAGUAAUCUAUGCCGACACUCACCUCUGCUCACAGCGAUUUAAGGCUUGAUGAUUUGUACCUAUACGUUGUAAGUAUGUGAGGAUCUCCCAUCUCAAUACAUGCUUGUCCGCUCGUACACAGUGAUUUCUGGGACGAUAAUAUAUAGUAUAGCACACCACUGGCUUAAUAAUCUAAAUGCCUUGCUUGAAAAUAAUAAAGCUGUAUAAGCUAGAGCCAGUAUUGUUUUUGCAAAAUAUUAAAGUCACUAUACAUUGCAAAUUUAUGGGAUCAGAGUAUCUUUCACAUUAUUCAGAUAUGUUUUGUCAGUUGAAAAAUGUUUGUAAAUUGGGAUUCUUUUUGUUGCGUUCUUGCAUUCUUCACACUACCACCAGAUGGUGCCAGAGUCAUACUUGUUCAAAGAUUACAUGCGUUGGCUUUGACAACAUUUCUAGAAGAAAAAUGCAUCAUUGGGAAUAAUGUUACGAAUAUGUUUUUUUUUGGAAGAAAUAAAAAUACUAGGUUAACUUCUGUAAGAGUGAGACAUUUAAAGGGAUUUCGUCAUGACACUGAAUAAACUAACUGGAGAAUAUUUUUGCCAUAUGAAGUUUUUGAUUAAAUCCAUGUGGGUAUUUCCUCUGUGACACAACACAGUUUAACAUGGUAAAGGGAAGUGUUUCUAAUUGAAUGAUUGCCAAUUUUAACAGCAUUUUUAUUGCAGAGAAUAGUUCCUGCAUUAUAACGUUAGUCUGCCAAAGAACCGACAUGUUUUUUGCACGUAUGUUUGUUCUAGUCUGGAAAGCAUGAACUUCAUAUGUUCAGCUACCCUAAACAACACUUGAACAUUACCAAAACUAUUUCAAAGAACAACAUGCUCAAUUUUACAUGUUUUACAAUAAUGCAUUUUGUUUAAAUUCCUGCAAACAAACGUAACAAACUUGUAUCAGAUUAUACUAACUAAGAACAUUUCCCUUAACCACCUUUUGUAUUAUCUGUAGAUUGUCUUCACUUUCCUCACCUUUGAAUUGUUAUUUUAAGCAUGCCAUACAUGCCGCAUUGCCUGUUGUCCUCUUCCUCUUAAUGUUGUUUUUUGGAAAAGAUAAAAGUAUUAGAUUUCACUGCAUGUAAAAACAUGUCAUUGGUGUCUAGAUUAAUACCUAUAGAGAAUACAGUUCGGCAAUGUUUUCUGCCUCUUUAUUUAUGCUUGUGUUGACCUGUUGAUUAAAAGUAACUCCAUUUUUUAAAAAACAGUCCAUACAUGUUGGUAUGCUGAUCUGCUCCUUAAUCCAGAGCAAUUUACGUAUAAUUUAUUAAUUCCCUCAAUAUUGUUAAUGUCUAAUGUCCUGUGUUGUCACUCAUGUUCCUUAUUACGGCUACAUGACAACGUUGCUGUAAAAAGUGAUGUUAAAUGCAGAACAAAUGAAUUAAACAGUUAAAUAAUCAA